AGGGGGCGGAGACUGGAGUUGAGAAUGUGAAUAAGCGGUCUCAGCUCCUGAUUGCGUGCGGCUUGCUUUCAACUGGUCUUCUAGCUGACGGCAACAUGGCUGAGAACAAGGAAGAAGUUCGGUACUACCGGCUGGAGGAGUUGAAACAGCACAGCAGCGGCAAAAGUGCCUGGAUCCAUAUUCACGACAAAAUCUACGAUGUGACCAAGUUCUUGGAGGAGCAUCCUGGUGGUGAAGAAGUGCUGAAAGAGCAAGCAGGAGGUGAUGCAUCAGAAGCUUUUGACGACGUUGGACAUUCAACUGAUGCACGAGAGAUGACAAAAAAAUACCUCAUCGGAGAACUUCAUCCCGAUGAUAGAGGAGCUUUUGUGAAGCCACCGGAGCCUAAUGUUGUUGUAGUGGAGUCCGAGUACAGUUUGUUUUUGUUUUGCAGUUGGUGGUCCAGUUGGCUAAUCCCAGCAGCAGCUGGCUUGACUGUGGCUCUCCUAUACCGCUAUUUUGCAAUGGAUCACUGAACAUUCUGUGGAACAGAUGAUGGAACUACUUCAUGUCAAAUUGCAGUCUAAUACAACCGAAUUUUAAAACAAAAUAAUUGCAACAAUUAUGUAACUUGCAUUGAAAGAACUUUGGUAGGAAUUCUCAUCCCUUAGUGAAAAGUAAGAGCAAAGUAUACCAAUUGAGUUGUGAGGUUUCCUUUACCUCAACGACACAUCUAUAGGAAACAGACUGUAGGUGCCCCAGCACCUAAAAUGGUUACUAGGCCCUGUGUUGAUGACAGACUUGUUGCAUGUUGAAGAAACAUUUGAGAAAUUAGUUCCCUGUGAUCAAUUAUCUGGCUGUUGCUAGUCACAAAUUAGAACAUAGAACAUAGAACAGUACAGUACAGAACAGGCCCUUCAGCCCACAAUGUUGUGCCGACCAUUGAUCCUCAUGUAUGCACCCUCAAAUUUCUGUGACCAUAUGCAUGUCCAGCAGUCUCUUAAAUGACCCCAAUGACCUUGCUUCCACAACUGCUGCUGGCAACGCAUUCCAUUCUCUCAACUCUCUGUGUAAAGAACCCGCCUCUGACAUCCGCUCUAUACUUUCCACCAACCAGCUUAAAACUAUGACCCCUCGUGCUAGCCAUUUCUGCCCUGGGAAAUAGUCUCUGGCUAUCAACUCUAUCUAUGCCUCUCAUUAUCUUGUAUACCUCAAUUAGGUCCCCUCUCCUCCUCCUUUUCUCCAAUGAAAAGAGACCGAGCUCAGUCAACCUCUCUUCAUAAGAUAAGCCCUCCAGUCCAGGCAGCAUCCUGGUAAACCUCCUCUGAACCCUCUCCAAAGCAUCCACAUCUUUCCUAUAAUAGGGCGACCAGAACUGGACGCAGUAUUCCAAGUGCUGUCUAACCAAAGUUUUAUAGAGCUGCAACAAGAUCUCACGACUCUUAAACUCAAUCCCCCUGUUAAUGAAAGCCAAAACACCAUAUGCUUUCUUAACAACCCUGUCCACUUGGGUGGCCAUUUUAAGGGAUCUCUGUAUCUGCACACCAAGAUCCCUCUGUUCCUCCACACUGCCAAGAAUCCUAUCCUUAAUCCUGUACUCAGCUUUCAAAUUCGACCUUCCAAAAUGCAUCACCUUGCAUUUAUCCAGGUUGAACUCCAUCUGCCACCUCUCAGCCCAUCUCUGCAUCCUGUCAAUGUCCCGCAGCAGCCUACAACAGCCCUCUAUACUGUCAACGACACCUCUGACCUUUGUGUCAUCUGCAAACUUGCUGACCCAUCCUUCAAUCCCCUCAUCCAAGUCAUUAAUAAAAAUUACAAACAGUAGAGGCCCAAGGACAGAGCCCUGUGGAACCCCACUCACCACUGACUUCCAGGCAGAAUAUUUUCCUUCUACUACCACUCGCUGUCUUCUGUUGGCCAGCCAAUUCUGUAUCCAAGCAGCUAAGUUCCCCUGUAUCCCAUUCCUCCUGACCUUCUGAAUGAGCCUACCAUGGGGAACCUUAUCAAAUGCCUUACUGAAGUCCAUAUACACCACAUCCACAGCUCGACCCUCAUCAACUUUUCUAGUCACAUCCUCAAAAAACUCGAUAAGGUUUGUGAGGCAUGACCUACCCCUCACAAAGCCGUGUUGACUGUAUUUGAUCAAGCCAUGCUCUUCCAGAUGGUCAUAAAUCCUAUCCCUCAGAAUCCUUUCUAACACCUUGCAGACGACAGACGUGAGACUUACUGGUCUGUAAUUGCCAGGGAUUUCCCUAUUUCCUUUCUUGAAGAGAGGAAUUACAUUUGCCUCUCUCCAGUCCUCAGGUACGACUCCAGUGGAGAGCGAGGAUGCAAAGAUCUUCGCAUGUGGCGAAGCAAUUGCAUUUCUCGCUUCCCAAAGCAGCCGAGGACAAAUCUGGUCCGGGCCUGGCGACUUGUCAAUCUUAAUGUUUGACAAAAUUUUCAGCACAUCAGCUUCCUCUAUCUCUAUCCAUUCCAGCAUGCACACCUGGUAUUUAAAAAGAUAUGAACAAAAUACUUCUCUGGUGUAGAAGUUGCCCCUCUGCCACCAUCCAACCUCCAGUGCCACUGUAUUGUUAAUCUUGCAUCAUUGUCCCACUACCUGUUCCCCACUCCAGCACUGCUCCAGGAACUUACUUGAGGGCCACUGUUGAUGACCCAAAAUUAAUUGAGCUGUUCUUGGGCAUAAAUCAAAUGCUCCUACCCCUUCCUGAAGGUGUAGGAAAAGUCUGACUGUUUGGAUCUGGGCAUGAAAUUCUUUUAUUGGAAGGACUUUGGGAUCCUGCUGAUCUAUAGAUGUGAAUUGGACUAGAAGCUUAUUUAUUUUUGGCAUUGAGUUGUAUGGCUCCACUUGAGAGGCAGAAUAUCCUUUUCGUAGAUAAUGCCCAGAUUCAUUUCCAUGCUUUUUACAUCCAAAUAAUAUCAAAACAAUCCUUUGCAUGUGGUUUAUGCUGUGCAUCUCAUCAAAUGUACUUUGUCCACUACAAUACAACUGUGAUGUCAAUAUUCAGGAAAUUGAAACAAGACUUGGUGGCUGAUUCUCGAACUUCCCAAGAAAUGCUACUACAACUCUGCAUGAUCAUUUUUCCAGAAGCCUCUUGCAUUUGGCAGCUGCACUGAGUUGGUCACCUCUCCAUGUUAUGUGGGCUGUUCUACCACUCGCAAAAAAUGCCACAACACUCUAAAAUCUCUCCAAGUUGGGUAAUUCAUGUAACUUGGCUUCCUGCCUCUAUAGGAAUGAACUGCAUUCCCAGGUCUAGUCUGUGUAAGCUCUCCAGCAAUGGAGACUGUCUGCUGCCAUCUGCACCCACCUCUAAGUCUGCCAAACAUGUGGCUGAGAUAAACUGUGCCAAAAAAUGUCGAAAGAAAAUUAUCUUCUUUUGGACACAAAAUGCUUGAUCAACAUGAAGUUGCUUUUUUUUUGUUCAUCAUAAAUAUUUGAUGUUUUACCCUUGUUAGUGAACUAUGGUGCCAUUUGGUUAGGACUCUGACUGUACAUGGAUGCUACCAGCAAUAGUGCUUGUGUCACUGUACAAUUGGAAAAUGAUUUUCUGAAGAUGUCGGUUGUUCCUUUGUGGUGAAGAGAAUUGGCAAGUUUGUCAUUUGAUUUCCCAUAACUGUACUAAAUUAAGUAAGAUGGCUUAGGUGCAACAAUCAUUUCUGUCCAAAUCUCAUCAUUGCACCCAUCGGCAAGUUUCUUAGUGAAUUGUGAAGAUUUCUGAUGUGACUGACUAUGCAUUUUGUAUAAUGUGGAAAGAAGCCAUUUCAAAUGAGCUAAUACAAUGUUGUGUUUUAUUGUACCUAUUGGAAAAUAUACUUUUCAAUGUUGAAAAAAAUGCAUUUGUGUAACUGAGUAAUCAAAUACUUAUAAAUAAA